CAUAUUAUUCAGACGCGUAAAAGACAAAUCAGAAAUACUCUCGGGUUAAACAGCACACCGUGCCUCUGUUUAUAUUUGCACAACAAAACAAUCCUGUUCCAGUUACUGAGGGAUCGAUUCCCAAAUCUCCAUGUUCUGCAGGUCAGGUUUGAGUUGAGAUCGGGUUGUGGGUGUUCAGUCAGAUUUAUGCGACUCGGUUCAGAAGCAUCGAUUCCUCUGAACCCGGAAAUGGCUUCAGGAUCAGCACUGAUUUACGAUGAGGAAAUGACCCAGUAUAAAUUGCUCUGGGAUUACCCUGAAUGCAGUAUCGAGGUUCCGGAGAGGCUGUGUGUGUCCCACACUGCGCUGAAGACCCAGGGCCUGCUGGAGAGAUGUGUGUCUCUGCCGGUCCGCGAGGCCACAGAGGAGGAGAUCCUGCUCGCUCACAGUGCGGAAUACCUGGCAGCUGUGAAGACCACCCCCAGCAUGAAUCUGGAGGAGUUGCAAGCUUUCUCUCUGCAGUAUGAGGCUGUUUACUUCCAUCAGAAUAUUUAUCACUGUGCCAAGCUGGCGCUGGGGGCCACACUGCAGCUGGUGGACUCUGUGAUGACAGGGAAGGUCAGGAACGGCAUGGCCCUUGUGAGACCCCCAGGCCACCAUAGCCAGCACAGCGCGGCCAACGGCUUCUGUGUGUUCAACAACGUGGCCGUGGCGGCGCACUACGCCAAGAGGAACUACAACCUCACCAGGGUACUGAUUGUGGACUGGGACGUGCAUCACGGCCAGGGGAUCCAGUACUCCUUCGAGGAUGAUCCCAGUGUCCUGUACUUCUCGUGGCACCGCUACGAGCACCAGCAGUUCUGGCCCAAUUUGCAUGAGUCAGACUACAAUGCAGUGGGGAAAGGAAAGGGCGCCGGCUUCAACAUCAACCUGCCCUGGAACAAGGUGGGGAUGGACAAUGCAGAUUACCUGGCUGCGUUUUUCCACGUUCUUCUGCCAGUCGCUUACGAGUUCAGCCCAGAGCUGGUUCUGAUCUCAGCAGGAUUUGAUUCCGCUGUAGGUGACCCGGAGGGGCACAUGAGUGCUACCCCACAAUGCUUUGCUCACCUGACGCACCUGCUGAUGUCACUGGCUGGAGGGAAGCUGUGUGCUGUGCUGGAGGGGGGAUAUAACCUGGACUCCCUGUCCCAAUCUGUGUGCCAGACAAUGAGGGCGUUGCUGGGAGACCCCGCCCCCCCACUGUCUGGAUUAGCAGCCCCCUGCGUGAGUGCUGUAGAGUCCAUUCAGAAUGUCAGGGCUGCACAUCAGCAGUACUGGGGCUGUCUCAGCCAAGAUCUGCUCCCUGUCUCUGAGCCCAGCACAAAACGCCUCAGGGAGGGGGGUGAGGAGGAGGAGUCUAACAGGCAGAGUGCUGUGGAGUCUGCACAAGCCCCGCCCGCAGCUCCCCCGAUGAGGACCGCAAUAGCGACCCCUGCAGGACAGGAGAGAUCAUCACUGGAGCAGAGCCUGAGGGUGGAGGGGAGCCCAGCCACACUGGAGCAGGCUGCCAGGUGCAUCAGGGGUGCUGCCCUGAAAUCAUUGGAGGAUGAGAAGGUGCUGUGUUCCUUGGGAAAUCUCUUUGCAGUCUUGGAUAAAAUAAUGAAAAAGGAGGUAAGGAACGGGUUGUCUGUCGUUCCAGAUCUUCCUACUGCAGCCGCCUGCGCCGCUGGCCACGCAAUCAACUCCGAGACUGACAGAGUGUUGGUUGUGUUCCUGGGGGAUGAGGAGGUUCCGCUCGACAUCACAGAGGACGGUAAAAUCCUGCUGGUUCAGAUCUGCAGUACAGAACCAGCAGAGAGGCAGUCUAAGUAUCACGUUCCUGUUUGCUUGAAGAAGGAGAGCGAGACGCGAGGCGGGUUGCUGCAGGUUCUGUUCACUCUGGUUCUGCCCGUGGCGUACGAGUUCGGUCCUGGCCUGGUGGUGACGGCACUGGGGGGCGGUACUGGGGGGGACUGGGCAGCUCAGGCUCAGCUCACCAGCCUGCUGCAGGGGCUGGCAGAGGGCAGGGUCCUGGCUCUCAUACAGCAGGACUCGGAGGCGCAGGCUGUGGGGCCCAUCGGGAGCUCCUUGUUGGGGGACCCGGCCCCUGUCCUGGGGCCACAACCAGCUCCCUCACGGGAGGACGCUUGUGCGGUGGAGAGACAGAGGCAGCGGCUACAGCAGCACUGGGGCUUGGUGCAGGCAGCAGUUAAAUAAGCGCAGACGUGUCCUCCGACAGGCCUUGAGAACUCUGCUCUUCCUGCUGACACAGCAGCUGCUCCACCGUCAUCCAAGCACCACAACAUAUUUCUGAUAUUGGUUUCUGCCUUUUGGGAAAAAAAGGGCUAUUUUGCAGCACACUGUUAUUUGUACUUGCACAAAUAAAAUGCAAUGUGUUUGACAUUA